UUCAUUCAUGUCAAAAAUAUUUUGGCCGGCUGUCAUUGCUGUCAAAUUGUUUGUUUGUCGGUCCGCUAGGUGCAGCGUAGUUCGAUUAUAAAUUAUCAUUGAAUUAUUUUGUGCUUAUCUACUAUUCUAGAACAAUAUGAGUUGUCCAUUCGGCGAAAAGGAAUUGACAGACUUGAAGGCGUUUGUGGAUUUGUGCAAAUCACAACCACAAAUACUUCAUCAUCCGAAGCUAUCCUUUUUCAAGGAGUAUCUAGCUUCCCUUGGCGUACACCUCCCGACACAGGACUUCGGUGCCAAGAACUUCACAGCCUCCGGCGACGGUAAUCCCAGCACCAACAACAAUGCAGAAGAAAAGGCUCAAUCAUCUUCAGAAGAGGAUUCUGAGCCAGAAUCUGAUGUGGAAUUGGACAUGGAAGGAGUCAUACAACCAGAUCCUGUGGAUGGUGGGCAAGUAAUGGGUGACGUGGAGAAAGAACCAUCUGAUGAAGAAAGGGACCAGUCGGAUGAGAAGCGUUCUGCAGCUAUGAAAGCAUUCUCUGAGCAACAGUAUGAUGAAGCCCUUAAACUGUUCACUGAAGCCAUCCAGCUGAACCCGCAGAGUGCUUUACUGUUCGCCAAGAGGGGACAGGUGUAUCUAAAGCUAAACAAACCCAACGCUUGCAUCAAGGACUGCACUCGCGCUCUGGAACUUAACUGCGACAGUGCCGCGGGAUACAAGUUCCGAGGACGCGCUUACAGGCUGCUCGGCAAGUUUGAGGAAGCUUCUCAUGAUCUGUGCGAGUCUCUGAAGAUCGACUAUGAUGAUCAGACCAACGAGUGGCUGGCUGAGGUCAAGCCCAACGCUGAGAAGCUGCGUCAGCACAAGCUGAGUGUGCAGCGUAAGGCCGAGGAGAAAGAGCACCGUGAGAAGUUGCGGCGAGCUCGUAAGGCGCAGGAGGCGCGCGCCCGCGCAGCACGAGCGCAGGCGGCGGCGGGCGCGGGGGGCGCGGGCGGCGGGUUCCCGGGGGGCUUCCCCGGCGCAGGAGGCGGGUUCCCCGGUGCCGGCGGCGGCUUCGACUUUAGCAAUCUGCUAUUUGAUUCCGAAAUUAUGUCCGCUUUCCAGGACCCCGAAGUGGCGGCUGCUUUCCAAGACGUGUCAGCCAAUCCGGCUAACUUCGUCAAGUAUCAGAAUAACCCUAAGAUCUCUGCUGUCAUAGAGAAGUUACAAGCCAAGCUCGGCAAGGGGGGUGCUGGGUUCCCCGGCGGCUUCGGCGGCGCUGCGCCUGGCGGCGGCGGGCCCAAGCCGCCCACCGAUGAUGACGUCGGCCUCGACUAAACCACUAUAAUCCAAACAUCAUUAUCCUAUUUGCGUCAUAGCAACAAAUGAUGCGUAUAACAGCUGUCUCCAUCGCACUAGGCUAUAUCUCUCUGUCCUGCUGUCAUUCGCACCUUGCCUAGAGCGCAAAUGGUAUAAUGUUCAUAUUACUCAAGUACUACUGUAAUACAUAAAACUUAUUCUCAAUGUAAUACAAAUAAAUAGAAUUAACAAUUUAAUGUAUAACGCAAGUAAUGUAUAACUUGUAUGCGCAUUUAUAGGUGAUAGCUUCGUGUCCCUUACAUGAUUUAAUUGAGCUUUUACAAUAUGUAUUCAAUUUUAUUCGUUCUCUUUUUAUUGGCGCCAAAAGGAUUGUAGUAACAAUUAAGGAAGAGGCGAUAGAAUAGUUACAAAAUUAUUACAUUUCACAAUGUAUUUCUUAGUGGUACUUUGGUGCUUAAACUUGAUGCCAUUAUUUUAUUUUUGAUAGGUAUUAAAUUAUAAUUUUAUGAACUAAUUUCUUUCCAUUUAAAAAGUUAAAUUUUCUUGUAGUUCUGUAAAUUGUAACAUGUUUUUGAUGCACUUUUUACUUUGAAACUAAAAAGAGUAUUGGCUAGUCUAAGGCAUUGAUUGAUAACUGUAGGUAGACUGGAUAAUGUGGGCCUUUGGAUAGAAUUAUCAUUAUUGUAAGUCAGCCUGGGAAAUGGAGUUCUUGCACGAAUUGUUACAAGGUGUUUGUCUGAUUUAUGCUAGUUAUUUUUGUAUCUAAAAGUAAUAAAUUGUAUAAGUAAACUUUGA